GUAUAAAUGGGGGCGGCUGGGCCAGCAGAGCCACCCCUGCCCUCACCAUGACGUUCAGUGGUCUCUUCCCCUUCGUGCUUCUUGCCCUGGGAACCCUGGCACCUUGGGCUGUGGAAGGUGCUGGAAAUGCUUUGAAAGCUGGAGACUGCCCUCCUAGAAAACCUGCCCAGUGCCUUAAAUAUGAGAAACCCAAGUGCAGCAUUGACCGUCCGUGUCCAGAGAAGAAGAAAUGUUGCCCUGAUGCUUGCGGAAUGACAUGCCUGGAUCCUGUCAACAUCUUGAACCCAGUUGAGGAGAAGCCUGGGAUGUGUCCGGUGUCCCUCGCCCGAUGUAUGAUGCUUAACCCCCCCAAUCGAUGUGAGACAGACAGCCAGUGCAUGGGUGAAUUAAAGUGCUGCGAGAGCUUUUGUGGGAAAGAGUGCCUGCUCCCUGUGAAAGCCUGAUUCCUGCCACUUGGAAGUGGCUCUGGAUUCCUACUCUGCGUGGUGUGGGAAUUCCCUUCUACUCCCACGCUUGGAUCACUGGGGCACUCCGUGGUGAAGCCUUGGUCCUAUCACCAAUAUCUUCUUUGCAGAAAGGCUUGGCACCCAGUAGGCUGCCAGCAAAUGCCUGUUGAUUGGUCAAUAUAUAAAUGAGCAUAUUUCUCUCUGUA